ACGUGAUGACGUUAGCGCCAGUUUGACAAGCAUGAGGCGCAUACUCAGUGCGAAUUUAUUCAGCUUAAUCGGUGUAUUUUGUGGAAACCCUGCGCCGAAAGUGCCGUUAACGGCGGUGAAACGAAGCGUUCUUGUCCUGAAUUUCAGCCGUAAAUUAACGAGUGACCGAACAACCAUGGACCUGAGCGAUAUGAGGAAAAAAUACAAAGGAGAUGAGGAGGUGAGUGCUGCUGGAGACCUUGGAUAACCUGUUAGACUGAAAUACUCUGAGAGGAAACCUGCAUUAUCUCUGUGAAGUGUGUUUUCUAGGAACUGCAUAGUAGUGGGGAUAUAAAAGUAGAUAUCAAAGUAUGACAGUGUGUGUAGAUUUUGCUCAAAUUCAUCUCAAAUGACACCAAAUGUGAAGCAGCUGGUGGGAGAUGGAGUCAUUUAUGAUGUUUUCUAGAUGGUUCAGUCCUUGACUUUGACCUCUGGACUGUGCAGCCUGCCUAAAAAAGCAAAACACUGAAUGAAUAAGUAAUCUAAAGACAUUGAACUGUGAGAAAUAACUGUUUGAGUGUGUUGACAGUGCUUUGAGGAGAGCCAGCUUGUCUCUCUGGACCCAAUCAAACAGUUUGGAGACUGGUUCAAUCAAGCCACAAAGUGUCCUGAAGUUGGAGAGGCGAAUGCGAUGUGCAUAGCUACUGCCACCAAGUAGGUAAAACAAGACAUCUGAUUCAAAGAGCUGAUCAAUAUUCUGUUUCUCACAGCUUAAUGUAAACCUUAUUAAUGUGAUUCUUUUACAGAGACGGGCGUCCAUCUGCUCGGAUGGUCCUCCUGAAAGGUUACAGCAAUGAAGGUUUCCGUUUCUUCUCCAACUAUGAGAGCAGAAAAGGCUCAGAGCUGGUGGGUAACAGUAAAGCAAACAUCCGAGCUCUUUCUGACCUGAUAUGAACUUUAAAUUUGAUAGACUCUGUUAUUUUUAUUUACUUAACAAUGAUGUGCUUCUGUCUGAAUCCCCUAGGACUCAGUUAUUUUCCCAAACUUCCCCAAAAGAAGCUGUUGAAAUCGAUUAUUUUGAUAACCUUUUACCACAGAAAACAACAGACUUAUUCGCUGUAGGGAAACACACCAAAGCAUCAAAUCUUACACUGAUUGGUUCAACAGUUUCAAGAAUAUCAACAAAAAUUGGCACAAAACAAUAAAUUAACUUGUAUUGGUUUGUUGUGAUCUGAAGUUUCCAAUGUGACAUGAUCAAUAUCACGUCUGUGUGGGUGUUAUAUGUGUCUGCGAUCAGCUGUGUUUGUUUUCUGCAUCAACUCUGGUCUUUAUUUUUCCUUGUCUCCAGGAGAGUAAUCCGUACGCAUGUUUAGUCUUCUACUGGGAACCUUUAAACAGACAGGUCAGCAUUUUUUCACACUCUUUGUGAAUAUUACAAAUAAUUUCCCUGAAGUGUUUGUUAAUGAGUUUUAUUUGUUUUGCACAGAUUCGAAUCGAAGGCAACGUGGAGAGAAUCCCCUUCCAGAAUUCAUGCGAUUACUUCCACUCCCGACCAAAGAGCAGCCAGAUCGGGGCCGUCGUGAGCCGGCAGAGCACUCCAGUUCCUAACAGAGAUGUAAGAACCUGAACUGUAUUUAAAGGGAUAUUCCGGCGUAAAAUCCAUUUAGGGUCAAACACAUCAUAACACCGAGUUGGACACCCCCUCGAGAGAUGAAUGUUGCUGACCGCUUGCUUCUCUAGUUAUACGAACUUAAGUAACGACCGCAGGAUAGCAAUACACAGCGGUCUGAGGAGCCGUAAACAAACCUCAACCAAAAUGCCACUCUAUAGCCACAAAUAAUGCUCAGAACAGCACCUAACUUCAUCAACAGCACAUAUAGGGUCCCAGCCAUAGAGCUAGCCACCAAACAUCUUUUUAACUUUGACUCAUUUCUUUAGCAAAGAGACUAAACACAACUCACCUACUCUCCUCCAGCAGCGGAUUGUUUGUGGGGGAAGCCCUGAUGAGCCGAUCGCUGAGUGCAGAGGAGUUUCGCAGCUCAAGGAAGAACAUUUGACCCUAAAUUAAUUUCACACCAGAAUAUCCCUUUAACAAUUUAGUUCAUGCAUAAAUGUGACAGGCGAAUUUCAUUUCUAUGGUGUCUCUUCAUUCAGUAUCUGAGGGAGAAAAAUGCAGAACUGUUGGAGAAGUACAAGGACGCAGAGGUGCCGAUGCCCGAUUAUUGGUGAGGAUGAAUAUUUGUUUGUAUAAAGAGCACAGAGAGUGGUUUCAAAGGGGAAAAGUAGUCUGCUGCUCACUCAGGUUAAUAAAAUCAACAGAUUAAUACGUCAAAUGGUUUAAUUAUGUUUCUGCUCAUGGUUAAUAAAUAAGAGGCGAUAUAUAAAAUACUGUUGUCAUAUGUGUAAAAUGUGGUUUGGCAUACUUUUCCUGUCUUUGGUCAACAGGGGGGGCUACAUCGUGAAACCGUACCUGAUGGAGUUCUGGCAGGGUCAGACCAACAGACUCCACGACCGCAUCGUCUUCACUAAACAGAAGGACGGAGAGGAGCUGGGGGAGUUUCAGCACGCCGCAGAGGGAGGCUGGGUGUACCAGAGACUGUCUCCAUGAGAGAGAAAAAACUCAACGCACUCACACGUAGGGAAGGAAACCUCGUCUGACCAUCGUUCAUAAAAAUACUUGACAAAAGCGCUCAUCUCAUGGUUCUGAAGCAGGGCGUUCGUGGUCGGUUCAGUAGCUGCUACUGUGUGUGUGUUCGAUUUCUCAAACAUGACUGUGUCGUCUGUGAACCUCCUGAUGGAGUGACAUAACUUAUACUUUACACUCUCCAUGCAUUAUGAAAUAAAUAGACGCUGCUGACCGACACAAGGGAACAAACUCCACCUGGUUUUGUCAAAUAAUGAUUGACAGGAGAGUCGGUUACUCAGCACGGUUGUCGUUAACCUUUAAAUCAUGAAAACUGUGUCUUAUUUCCCAGAGAGCACAAUCUGUACCGCCGACAGUUUCGCAAUGAUGCCGCUUUAUUUCAUUUUCCUUAUUAGUGAAGUUUGAUUUGAAAUUUCUUAAAAUGCGCUACAAUGCUUUCUAGAACAGCAGUUUGUAAUUUAGUGCUGAAAAAAGAUCCGAAACAUGAGUCUUAAUUUCAUUUUUUUAAUGCAGUUUCCUUAUUUCCUUGAUAAUUACCUUGAAUUACCAGAAACUUUCAAGUUAAAAAAAUACAGUCAGUGUCCGUUCUAUUAGAAACACCUGUAAAACACGAUCAAACAGGUGUUUUAUGCUUCUGAAGCCUCUAACAUUUCAUUAUUAUGUUAGUAAAAAAAACCUGUAAUCACAUUUUAAACAUCCAGUACCACCAGAUAAUAAAGGAAGAAUUUCAGGAUUGAUGUCAGCUGUCUGGAGCGACUCGAAAUAUUCACUGAAAAGAUCGAUUUGUGCCGUUCAUGAGGGAUAAACUGAAUAAAAAUAAAAACUGCAUCAUUUAAAUAGCCUAUGACUGCAUUAAAUCUACAUAACAUGGUAUUUUUAAACAUAUUCAUCUUGUUUUUUUAUCAAUGUGAUGAAAGAUGAUUGAGUUUACCAACCACUGAAUCAAGAUUACAAACUAGGAACCUGAAUUUGAAGAGGUGUAAGAAAGUGGACCCUUAUAACCCAUGAAGAGCAUUUUCACCUUGUUACUCCUGUGGCCCUGACUGUGUUUCAUAAAUGAAGACAGUGAGUCGAGUUGCCUUUUAAUGCAGAGAUUAAAAGAGCUGAGUGUUUGAACAGUGCCAAACUUUGCUGUCUGUCUGAGAUUGUUGUUGACUGUUUACUGAGAAUAUAAUGAUGAUGAUAUUUUCUCUUGAAGUACUGUCUUUGUGAAAUUGAGCCAUUAAUAAAGUUUAAUUUGUACAUCA